UUUAAAUACAAAACAUGUGCCAAAUGUGACCUGAUUGUCGUAGAGCGCGACAGGGAUAGAGUUCAAACUCUAGCCGAGUGUCAAUAAGAACCCGGCCACAAACAAAGGAACACGGGGAUAUUAGAACACAAAUUGCAUUGCUUGAAAUCUGCCUGACUCACGUUAAAGUGCACAUGUAAGGAUUAUAGUAUGACUGUCCAACAGCGGGGAGACAGCCCCGCUCGAUAGGAAAGGAAAAGUCGGAUUGGAGCAGUGUGACGUUAUCUGUUGGAAAGAGGGAGGGAGAGAAAGAGACGGCUGGACUCCAUUAGCGGAACCCUGAGGAAACAGUUUGGGAUACUUCACUUGAACGAGUUCAUUUGGAUUUAGUCUUUGACCUACCCAAAAUACAUGAGACAAAGCGAGAAAACUUAUUUAAUACAGAAACGUCGGAAGUUUUAGUGGCUUUUUGGACUUGGGUUGGUGCGUUUGUAAAGGAUGGCGCUGGACGGUAUUCGGAUGCCCGAUGGCUGCUAUGCCGACGGAACGUGGGAACUGAAGAUGCACGUGACGGACCUCCACCGGGACGUGUCUCUGAGGGUCACCGGGGAGAUCCAUAUCGGCGGAGUCAUGCUCAAACUGGUGGAAAAACUUGACGUGAAGAAGGACUGGUCCGACCACGCCCUGUGGUGGGAGAAGAAGAAGACGUGGCUGCUGAAGACCCACUGGACGCUGGACAAGUACGGCAUCCAGGCGGACGCGCGGCUGCUCUUCACGCCGCAGCACAAGCUGCUGCGGCUGCAGCUGCCCAACAUGAAGCACAUGAAGGUCAAGGUCAACUUCUCCGACCGCGUCUUCAAGGCCGUGUCCGACAUCAGCAAGACCUUCAACAUCCGCCACCCAGAGGAGCUGUCUCUCCUGCGUAAGCCCCGCGACCCCAAGAAGAAGAAGAAAAAGCUGGAGGAGGCCGAGGAGGAGGCUCUGGAGCUGGAGGGGCCCCUCCUCACCCCCGGGUCAGGUAAACUAGCCUCUGAGAUCAUUUACAUUGGACCGGUAAAAGGCAGCAUCUACUCCAGCCCCGGCCUCUACAGUAAGACCAUGACCCCCACCUACGACUCCCGGGACGGCAGCCCUCUGUCCCCCACCACCGCCUGGUUCGGAGACAGCCCCCUGUCCGAGGGCAACCCCAGCAUCCUGGCUGUCAGCCAGCCCAUCUCUUCCCCCGACAUCCUGGUCAAGCUGUACAAGCCCCAGUCUCUCCUGGACAAGGCCAAGAUCAACCAGGGAUGGCUGGACUCGUCCAGGUCUCUGAUGGAGCAGGAUGUGAAGGAGAACGAGGUCCUCCUUCUGCGGUUUAAGUACCACAGCUUCUUCGACCUCAACCCCAAGUACGAUGCCAUCCGGGUGAACCAGCUGUAUGAGCAGUCCAAGUGGGCCAUCCUGCUGGAGGAAAUCGAGUGCACCGAGGAGGAGAUGAUGAUGUUUGCUGCCCUGCAGUACCACAUCAACAAGCUGUCCAUCAUGUCUUCAGACAAUCACAUGAACAACAGUGAGAAGGAGGUGGACGAGGUGGACGCUGCCCUCUCUGACCUGGAGAUCACUCUGGAGGGGGGCAAGACCUCCAACACACUGGGGGACAUCACAUCCAUCCCUGAGCUGGCCGACUACGUGAAGGUUUUCAAGCCAAAGAAGCUGACACUGAAGGGCUACAAGCUGUACUGGUGCACGUUCAAGGACAUCACAAUCUCCUGCUACAAAAGCAAAGAGGAGGCCCACGGGACGCCUGCGAACCAGAUGAAUCUUAGAGGAUGCGAGGUGACCCCAGAUGUCAACAUCUCUGGUCAGAAAUUCAACAUCAAGCUGCUGAUUCCUGUGGCCGACGGGAUGAAUGAGAUCUGGCUGCGGUGUGACAACGAGAAGCAGUACGCCCACUGGAUGGCGGCCUGUCGCCUGGCCUCCAAGGGGAAGACAAUGGCGGAUAGCUCGUACAACCUGGAGGUCCAGAACAUUCUCUCCUUCCUCAAGAUGCAGCACAUGAAUCCAGACUCCCAGCUCAUCGCCGAGCCGAUCACCACGGACAUCAACCCCGAGUGCCUGGUGUCCCCACGCUACCUGAAGAAGUACAAGAACAAGCAGCCUGGCUAUAUCAGGGACUUGAUCUCAGCCCGGAUCCUGGAGGCACACCAGAACGUGGCCCAGAUGAGCCUGAUUGAGGCCAAGAUGCGCUUCAUCCAGGCGUGGCAGUCCCUUCCCGAGUUUGGCAUCACCCACUUCCUGGCCAAGUUCCAGGGAGGAAAGAGGGAGGAGCUGAUUGGCAUCACCUACAACCGUCUGAUCCGGAUGGACGCCAGCACUGGGGACGCCAUCAAGACCUGGCGCUUCAGCAACAUGAAGCAGUGGAACGUCAACUGGGAGAUCAAAAUGGUGACGGUGGAGUUUGCAGACGAGCCCAGCCUGGCAUUCAUCUGUGCGGAGGUGGACUGCAAGGUGGUGCAUGAGUUCAUCGGGGGCUACAUCUUCCUGUCCACGCGCGCCAAGGACCAGAACGAGUCUCUGGACGAGGAGAUGUUCUACAAGCUGACCAGCGGCUGGGUCUGAGUUGCCCCCGGCAACCCCCAGGGGUCUGGGUGGGGUGGAAGGGCUAUAGAUCUAUUUGGUUUAUUUUAUUAUAUUUUUUUGGUCUUUAACAUUUUUGGAAUCGUGUUCAGAGCCCGAUGCUGGGCCACUUUGCCAUGAUUAAGAAUCUGACCGUUUUAAUCUUUAUUCUCCCCCCUCGCCUUAACGCUGACUGUUUUUUGUAAAAUACUAACACAGCUCAACGCGGUCCAGAUGAACUCUGUUGACCUCUGACCUUUUCUGGCCUCCCCCAUGACAUCAUAAGCCUUACACAGGAAGUUCCCACAACCCCUCUGUCCACCUCUCCCGACCUACUCCUAGACUCAGGGGGCCGGCCCCAACACUACGUCCAUUACUGACAACCUAUCAGAACCAAGGAGUGCUCUCCAUCCCAAAGACUCUGAGUGUGUUCACUGUGACUGUAUAAAGAAGCUGACACCAGGGGCCUUGUCAGCUACAAGAAUCCGACCAGACUAUAAACCAAUGCAUCAGUGCUUAUGAACAAUCCAGUUAUUUAUUUAUCCAUCUAUCUUAUCUAUCUGUCCCUGUUUAUGGUUGUGUUCUGACUUCAUUCUAGCGAGGCGUGGACUGUGUGAUAAAGUGACUGCGUUCUAAUGGUCAUGUUACUUAACAUGUGGUCCCGCUAAUGAUAUUCUUUCUUAUUUUAUUAUUUACUCCUAACACACACACAAAACACAAACACGCUCACAUACACACACAAACACUAUAUAGGAAGUAGUGGUAGCCAAGAUUAUAGGAUAUCACCUCUUUCCAAGCAAAGAUGUGUUGUGAGAGAUUGGCUUCUGGCCAAUGCGUGUCCACACUUUCCUCUCAAUGAAGGAUUCUCUCCCAUCCCCCUAGUCCAUAUAAAGUCUCCUGUAAGCACUUCUACAGUAUAUCGACGGUCUCUUUGAUGAAGAAUAAGCUGUAGGUACAUGUCCUGUUCUAUGAGUUGUCGUCUUUUCUUGUCAGAGUAUGCUAGAAGCGAUGAUGUGGUCUGUUCUGUAUUGAGUAACUCUAGUAAACUGUGUGAUUGGGCCUCACUGGGGGGGCUGUGUUCUAGAAACUAGCACCCAGGCUUCUGAUGUCCAUCUGUCGUUGCUGUUUUGGAACUUUUGGCGGUAUCAUUGAAGGUAGUUUGCCAAACUGUCUCUGUCUAUCUAUCUCUAGCUGUUUAACCACCCGUCUAGAGCUGCCAAGUAAGUGUCAAUAGCAUGUGUAGGUGGGGCCCAGCCUGGUAGUCAGGUCAGCACUGCAUGUACAACACAGUCAUAGGGCUGCCAGACAUGACUGUAGCCUUCUGCAGCUCUCCGUUUUACCUUACUGCCAUUCUUUAUCUUACACCAUCAAGUAUUAUUAUCGUUGUUAUUAUGAAUACAUACCGUUUUCUCAUGAUGCACCAGCAAUAGGGCACCCAGUUUGAAGAAUGAAUAUGCAAAGUCUGUUGUUUUUUCUUUCUUUUUUGUCUUCUGUAUGAAGGAACAGUAAAUGAAGUAUUAGUUUUUUGUAACUAAUGUAAAAACACAGGUUUUAUAGAAUUGUACAGUUGUUGUUUUUUUGUUGCUGCUUUUUCUGUUCUUUUGGAAGUGUAUUUGUGUUUCCAGAAAAGAGGGGGAAAAGCCAUCUGUCAACAUUGUGUAGUCUGAAGAUUUUGUGCCUGCCAAUGUUACAGUCUUAUUGAGUUUUUAAGAUGAAGAUAUUAUAAAUAUAUAUGACGAUAACACUAGUCUCAAACUCCAGGUUGGUAGGAUUUUGAUUUGUUAUUACACAAUAUUGUUUUAAUUAUUACUCUUAAACAUUGACAUGUUGCCUCUCUCCUAUAAGCUAAAGUACAUUUCUUCAUUUAUGUUCUAGAAGUUUCAGCACUGAGUUGCUUCUCUCCCCACUCUCCUUGAACUACCACUGUUGCUGCAAAAAUCAUACUCUGUUCAGUGCCUUUUUAAAGAUAUAUCACUUACACAGGUUUUAUCACAAUUGUAGCUUUUAUUUGUGAAUAUUUUUUUUUUUGCUUUUUGGUAUGAAGGAGACCCUUUUAGUUUAGACCCUGGAGUUUGAGACAAAAAUGUACUGAAGUCGAGAAAAACAAACAGGCUUGGUCUGUUUUCUUUCUCCUCCUGUAACAUGCUUUUAGUUUCUCGUUUGCCUCCGAUGUCCAGAACAGCAGAGCAUGGCCUGCUGUUGACAGACUGUAAAAAUGCAUUUAUUUUAAAAAAUAAAAAUAAUUUUUAUUUAA